AUGGAACUCUUUUAUCACCUAUUAAGCGACACGUUACCUGGGCUUGAGGCAAAGGUGGGCAACGUGGAUCUUGUUGGCCUGAUACCACACCUACUGAAAGAACCGUAUAUGGCGAAUGAACUGCUCGCCUUCAGCGCCUUACACCUCAGUACAAAGCACCCAGAGCGGUGCGAACAAUACCGAAACCAUGCCACUCAACUACAGACGUACGCCCUCACCAUCUUCCAAGAGGGAGGACUCGUGAUCCACCAAGAAUCGUGCGUUCCGGCCCUCGUGUUCUCGUCAUUUCUGGGCUUACAUGCGCUCUGUGACGCGUUGGUGCACAACAAUAAUUCUUUCGCCCACUUUAUUGAUAAGUUUGUGCACUGCUUUCGGCUUCAUCAGGGCGUCAGAGCAAUUUGCAAUCAAGCCUGGAGCAUGUUACACCAGUCCGUCCUCAAAAUCUUCUUGGUCGAUGGUGAACGCCAGCAUCAUUUCGAUGGGCGAUUGGGGCCGGGAUGUGCGAAACUCUCGAGACUUAUUCAGGCGGCGAAUCUAGGACCCACUCUCACGGGGAUAUACACGCAGGCUAUUGAGCAAUUGCAAGUCUCAGCGAAUGCGUUCAUACCGGCCGCACUUGCGGGCUCCAGAUUUUUCGGUGCAGGAUGGCCCUUACUUGUGUGCCCAGAGUAUAACGAUCUCCUGCUACAGCGAAGGCCAGAAGCGCUGGUGAUUCUUGCUCAUUAUGCCAUUCUACUGCAAUGUUGUAAAGAAUCAUGGAUGAUUGGGGAUGGUGGGCACUUCAUCAUCCAGUCCACGAGGGACUUUUUAGGCGCAGAGUGGGCGGAGUGGUUGGAGUGGCCUGCCAAGGUCGUGGACGAUCCCAUCAAGCUUCUGCUAGAGGUCUACGGAUACUGA